AUGAUCGAUGCUCAAUUCCCCUACGAAAUUACCUCUUGGCCUAUGGAGAGUCUCGUUGAUUCACGGAUGGAACAACGAGAUGAGCUCAGCCCACAUCCUUUCAUCGCUGGCGACUUUCCUCUGCCGAUACAGGAGGGACUGGACUCCUCCUGGACUGCUGAGCAGUUUAAUUGGAUUGAGGAAACCCCGGUUAAACUGACUACUUUCCAACCAUAUCCACAAAUAUGGUACGACGCCGGGCUAGUCAGAGAGAACUGUGGAGGGAAGAGAACCAAUACUACAAGUUUCUCACUCCACCAAUCAACCCCCUUCCAAACCACCGAGAAUCCCCCGAUCCAUCCCCUCCCAGAUCUCCAACUCGCAACACAAAGAGCCCUCUUCAUGACUCCCAUCCCAAAUACCCUCGCCGUUCCCUUCCCCGGCUCCCCAAGCUCAAAUCCGAAUGGAUCGCCAGAACCAAGCCAAGCUUCAUCAAGCGGGUGGGAAGGCGAAGCUGAACCCGAAGAUGCUCAAUACAUGCAACUCGACUUUGGGCCUUCGGAUUUCGGGGCCUCGGCAUUUGACACCCAACAUCAGACUCAUGGCCAGACCCACAGGCUCAGCUCCCCGCACCGUCGACACUCACGCAUAGACGAAGAGUGUCUCACACCACUCGAGAUGCCAGAUGGGAGUACCCGCAUGACAUCAAAUUGGCUACCAGUGGAUCCUGAUGCGGGCUUUGCGAUUGGUCCGUCCAUGAUGAUGAACGAGGAUGUAGCGUUCAAGGACAUGAAAUAUGCUUUCAUUCCGUUGGUCCCCGAGGCUUGGCCGUAUGAUCGCUGA